UCUCAGCCAAUCAAUGUUUGUGAUGCCACCACAGAGAGCCCUACUGCUGAUGCCUGCAAAUUUAAAAAAAAAAAAAAAAAGGAAAAUAAAACAGCUGUGCUAAAAUACGCGGAUUACAAGGAAGAUGAUGGUGAUGAUGAUGAUGUGACACUAUGCCCAGCCAAUGAUCAAGCAGGGAGGGAGUGGAAGGGGUGUGUCCAGAAUCCAAGCUUGGAGCUGAUCGAUGCUGAGGAGACCGAGGAGGAAGAAGGGGAAGAGAGGGAGGUAGAGGAGGGUGGGGGAGGCCUUGUCCAAGCAGAGGAGCGCCUAAACCGGCUUAAUAAAGGAGAAGAAGAGGAGGAGGAGGAGGAGGAGGAAGAGGAGGAGGGAGGGAGGAAGCUGUCGCCUGUCAGAGGGGAAUCAACCUGUGCUGUCAUGGACAAAUAUCGACCAAAGAGACCCACCACCCUGGCUCUGUUCCCACAGCUGCCACAAGCCGGCACCCAGGACUCCAUCAACAACAACUCUUUAGGCAAGAAGGACAGCUGGAAGGACUCCCACUCUUCCUCCCCACACAUUACAGGGGAUCUAGCACCACCAGAUAUUCAACCAAAAGCGGAGGACAAAGUCCGCCAUGGCACCCGCCGCCCAGCCCCCAAACCACCAACAGCCAAUGGAGCCAACAGCAGAGCCAAUACUCAAGCUGCUGCCACCACUGCAGACACACGCGCUCGUCCACGGGAAAGACAGUUGUCCGGGGCCACGCACACACAGUCCUUCAGCUCAUCGAGGAGUCAGCGAAGAGGAGGAGGAGCAGGAGGAGGAAGAGGUAGAGGGGGAGGCAGAGGAGCGACAGCGAUGAGAGAGAGGAGUCUGGGGGACAUCAAAGGGAAGGAUGGAGUGACAGCAGGGAAGGAAGACAGAAGAGGAGGAAGACUGUGUGAAGAGUCCAAGGGGAAGGAGAAAGAGAGGCCCGGACAUCAGAGGCCAAGAGAAGCAAAUGUACUGAAAAGCCGGGGAGCUGAUGGGAGAGGAAAAGUAGGCACUAAAGGGGAUAACAGAGCAGGGAGAUUCAAGCUGAACAACGCACUUUCUAGCCAGGAAGUUUAUCUGACAGCCAUGGUGGUCCCACGCACUCCUGUAGCACCAAGAAACCAGGACAAGAAGACCCAAGACCAAGGCCAAAACCAUGACAGGACCCAGGAAAAUCCUCCUGUCCUUUCCCGGUCCAGCAGCGAGGGAGGGUCAAACAGAAUGUCCCUCAGCUCAGACACAGAGGGUCCCCCACCAGGGCCCCUGCAUCCUUCUCUAUCCCACCGAACCAACCCUAUCAUCAGCGAAGAAGAGGGGGAGGGAACUCCAACUCCUUCCGUGAAUGUCCAGAAUGGUCCAACCCACUGCCAUGAAGGUAAUGAAAAGACAGAGAUGGACUGUACCAAGUCAGAGGUUCACCCAGGGGGAAGGAAAUGUGACAAUAACACUGAGAUGGAUAGCACCAACUCUGUCACUCAGGGAGAUCCUGCAGCUGCUCGGACUGUACCAAAGAGCGAAGCUUCAGCAGGGUUAAAUUAUGACUCUGUUAAAUACACUCUGGUGGUCGAUGAACAUGCUCAAUUGGAGCUGGUCAGCCUCAAGGACUGCUUGCACAGCUACAAUGAGCACAAUGAUGACAGCGAUGCAGAGACAGUCUAUCAGUCAGCCAAUGAGGAGGAAGACCCAGAGUAUGAGGAGGAGAGGAAGAGGAGAGAGGAAACAAGGAAGCAAGACAGGAGGAAAGAGGAGGAAAAACGAAGAAAGGAUGAAGAGGAGAAGAAGAAGCGGAGGGAAGAGGAUGUGAAGCAAAGGAGGGAGGAGGAGAUGAAGAGAAGGAGGGAAGUGGUGGCAAGGGUCUAUAAGCAGUCCAAGGUAACGUCAACCACAACUUCUGAGGAAGAGGAGUCUAAUGGAGGAAGAGCUGGAGCUCCCAGAAGCAGGAAGUUCCUCAACCUGUUUGCCAACGACAGCAGCCAUUACAGUGCAACCGGUGCUGGGUCAUUUGGUGUGUUUUCCUGUGUUUUGGAUGGUGUGGAAAGACAGCAGAGCCACAGAGCUGUUUACAGGUUUGUUCCCCGUCAUGCUGAUGAGCUGUUCCUAGAGACAGAUGACCCACUGUUAAUUCUGAACCAGUCUGAGGACCUGUGGUGUCAGGGUUACAACAUGAGGACCGGAGCUACAGGCAUCUUCCCUGCCUUCUACGCUGUCAGGGUGGACAAAGAUAAUAACAAAGUUCAGAGAGAUGGUUGCAUGGAACAGUUCAUGGUGCGAUUCCUGGGUUCAGUUCAGGUGCCCAUCCACAAAGGCAAUGAUGUGCUGUGUGCUGCAAUGCAGAAGGUAGCAUAUAAUCGGCGGUUAGCAGGGCAGCCUCCCUCAGCCUGUGUGCUGGAGGUCAGUGUGAGGGGUGUGAAGAUCAGCGUCCAGGACCAAUGUCAUUCUGCUCACAGGGGAGACCAGUGUUUCCAUUUCUUCCAGUUGAAGAACAUCUCAUUCUGUGGCUGUCACCCAAAACACAGCAAGUAUUUUGGUUUCAUCACCAAACAUCCUGACCAACAACGCUUUGCCUGUCACGUGUUGGUGGCAGAGACAACAUUACAUCCUCUGGCUGAGUCUGUGGGGAGGGCCUUUCAGCAGUAUUACAAAGAACAUAUUGGCUACUCCUGUCCCACUGAAGACAUCUUCAUUGAAUAACACCUCUCUCCCAUCCACACUAUGUACUAAAUACUCACUAUGUGCAUGUAAGCCUGGUCUUACACCACAAACUGGACCACUGCUAUUAUCUUCGUCAGACUACUUGCAUGGUGGAUUUCUUUUCUUAGCUGCAUCCAAUGAUACAGCAAGCUUUUCCUUCCUUUGGCCAUGUCAAAUAUAAAUACCUCUAUGGAUGGAUGGGAUCACAUGAGAUCUCCAUGCAGUAGUAACAGUUGUAACAUAAACCUGCCCAAACUCAAACACAAAUAUCUUAUAUUGAUGUAUUCUAUGGUCUAAAAUUACUUCCACCUAUAUGUAACAACAUGUAGAUAUCGGAUGUAAAACCUCAUAUACAUCUGGUAUGUUGAAACCUUCAGGACUAUGGAGUCAAUUUAGUGACAGAAGGUAUAUCAUCAGUUUGUGAACCUGGAACUAGUGCUGAAAUGAAUUUAGUAAAUGAUUAACCACCAUCAAAAAACAAUACUAGAGUCUUCAGCCACACUAGUGGCUCUGUGAGGCUGUAACAGGCUCAGCAGUGCUUUGAGCUAAUGCUAACGUCAGUAUGCUAACAAGUGCAGAUUGACAAUGUUUACCAGGUAAUUUUUACCAUGUUCACCAUCUUGGUUUAGCAUGUCAGCAGAUAACAUUUUCUAAAUAUCAGUAAACACAAAACACAACUGAGGCUGCUGGGAAUGUUAUUAAUUAUUAAUAUUUGGGCAUAAACCAAAGUAUUGGACAAAUUGAAAAUCUGAGCUGAUCAUAGUGCUAAAUUAAAAAUCAGGGAGUCACUAAAGUUAUUACUUUUGGGGAGCAUGAAUGUCUGUUCAACAUUUAUGGCAAUUGUUCCAAUAUUUUUUGAGAUAUUUCAGUCUUAACCAAAGUGGUGGAUGGACACCAUCCAUGGAGCCACAUGACUAGUGUGGCUACUAAAGCUGCAAAACAUUAGUUCCAGCUUUAAAAUUAGAGGAUCUUUCACAUCAUUGUAAAUAGAAUAUGCUUGGGGUUUUGGUCAGAGAAGAUAAGCAAUUUGAAGACAUCACCUUGGGCUCUGAGCCUUUGUCAUUAUUUUUGAGAUUUUAAAAGCUAACACAUUCAGUACAUUAGAGAGAAAAUCUCCAAAUUGAUGAUCAAAAAAGUUGAUGAAGCUUUUGCAUUCAUAUUUUAUGUUACAUGACUGGAAACAAGCUUCGUGUACUUGGAUGAGAAGGAUUUGUACCUUAAGUUGCAGCAAGCAUACAUCAAUUUUUUAGAUUUUUAGCGACUGGUCUGUAAAGCACCUAAAAAUGUAAAAAUCUGUAAUUCCAGCAUUUUAUUUUUACAGAUGAAAAGCAUUGGCCUGGAAUCAAAUGCAGGUCAACUGCUCAAUAGCCAGCUAUGCUUACCACAAACCACAAGAGUUUAAAAUCAGAGCACAAAGCUAAGCUGCAAGUUCAUUAAAUAAGUGAAUCUUCUGUCGUUAAAUUAACUUCAUCCUUGACUCCAUGCAGUGCAAAAUGGCUUCUUAUUAUCAGCAAUUUACCCCUACAGUUUAAAAGCUAGAGCUUGGAUGGGAUAUACAAUAAACAAAUGGACCUGCUUGUUUCUUUGCACAGAUGAGGACAUAUUGAUUUUUAAAAAAAUAUAUAUAUAUAAAAAUGUAAUUCUGUAUCUUAUAACCCCAAGACUUGACAAUCUACUGUUGAAGACCUUUGGAGUUGCUGUUCAGGUGCCUAAUUUCUCUUUCUGCUGCUUGAUGUACCUUUUCUUCCAAAUGUGGUUCCAACUACAAACCUGCUGUCCAGGGUUUCUCUGGUUGAGCAGUGACACAUUUUUCUUUUCACUCGGUGUGAUAAGAAGGCCCAAAUGACGCUGUGCAAUAGUAUGUGUGCAACAGAGCAGUCUGGUGGGAUGGUGGAUCACUGUGCAGUCCAAGUCUGUCCAUGUCACUCUCAGCUCAGACUUCGUUUGCAUUGCCUGCUCAAAUCUGGGACCAAAUUUGGGGUCAAGUCAUGGAGCACUCUCACAAUUUAACAUGGAAGUAUUCACUUCUCACAUAACAUAAAGUAUGUUUCCAAUUUUUUAAUUUUAAUUCGUUUUUGUUUGUUUUUUUAAUGCUGACUCAGUUGUCUAGACAUGAAGGAUUAAUUUUCCAUGCAGUUCCUCCUUGUUUUUGUGGUCAAGAUGUGUUAGAAGGUGAGAUCCAGGCACAGAGUCAUCCAGCUCUGCAGUUGCCCUUAGCUCCACCAAACUUUUUAGCCUCUUUUAGCCCAUUGUUUGGGUAUAUCAGCCCACAAACUCUGCUCUAGUCAACCUUGUUUCUAACAGCAGCAGGCAUCUAUAAACUCUGAUAAACCCCACUGACCACUACCAGCACAGCACCAAACAAGUUGGAGACUAGCCGGUGAACAUAGUGGAGCAUUUAACAACUAAAGAGCCAGAUAUUUUUCUUUGGUGGAGUUGGUGAAAUAGAGAUAAAAAAAAAAUAGAGUGAAUAUUGGACUUUCAUACAUCAGAGCAUCAAUGUUAGCAUGUCUGCUGGAUGUGUAAUCAGGCAAAUGUUUGCCCCACACAUUCACAACUUUUACAAUUUGAUAUAUGGCAAUGUUGUCUUUUCAGUUUGUUCUGCUUUCCCCAAGUGGCCAAAAAAUAUUAAUGCAGCUUUAAGGUCCAGGAUUUAAAAUUUUGGACUUACUACAUCUGCAUAAGCAGUUGGAUUAUAUGAUAUAAUCAGAUUUGAGCAGGUAAAGUCAAUGGAAAUGAAGCUUGAAAUGUUUUGUGUUCUAAAAACAGUGCCUAUUUUUUUCUGGUGUAGUGAUGAUGACUGUCCUCGGUAUUAACUGUUGACUUCAGAUGUCUCCAUUCACAGAAUCUACAACAGCCAGUCUCAUUCAGAUGAGUGUUCUUGUAGCUGGAUAUGGCUUGGUACACCUAAGAUGGCUGCCAUGGAACUUUGAAGAUGUCACUGAGACUCAGAAAGCUGGGGUUAUUUUGUACAGGAAUAUUGUCCUUUUAUUUAAAGGAGAAAAGUCAGUCAGUUAUUGUAGUCUAAUGCUGUUUGAUUAAUGACAUAUUUACUGUACAACUGAUCAAUAUUACACCUGUUGUAUGGGAAAACCUUAGCCUGAACUGAUUUGAAUUGAUGAAUUUGAUUUUAAUGAGAAUUGUGUGGAAAUAUGUAAUUCAUUAUUGGGAUUAUAAUUAGCAUUAGAAGUAAUAGAAGUAUUAAUAGUGUUAGCUGAGAUUUUUGUGGAGAUUUUUUUGUCCCAUGAUCUCGCUGCUUUUGUAGCCUAGGGAGGAUAAAAAUGCAGGGUAAAAUGCUAAAUACUGGUACGCUUUUGGAAUGAUGGUUAAAGGUAAUGAAUAUCUAUGCAAAGCAUGCAGCCUCUGCCUGAAAAUAGUGGUAUUGGUCUCUGAAAGCUGUAUCAGCUGAAGCCUUUACAGAGGUUAAACCAGUUUUUUUUCACUAAAAACCCCAUUCCCUGCCUUUCAGACAGCCAUUGUCUUCCAUUCAUUGCAGAACAGUAUGAAAAUGAAAUUCUAUUUUGUCAAAAAUAUAAGCAGAGACGAAGUCUACUAUGAUGGACUACACAUUUAGUUUCAAGUCGGAUCUUUAUACAGGAGCACACAAGUGAAUGAAAAUCAAUGGUAAUCUGGAAGGAAAGAAAAACAUAUUUAAAGGUAAAAAAAAACUAUUGAAUGCUUUGGAAAGUAGUGAAGGAACUAAACAUGCACACUACUGGAACAGUUUUUUAAAUAAUAAUUUCACUAGCAAGCAAAUCUGAGCUUUCUGAGACCUCAUGUAGUGUACUGCACCACGUUCAUUUCCAUGCCAGCCAUCCCAGAUGUGCCACGGAAGGUUGUUCUGAUCCACCAGAAAGUGUCCUUUCUAUCUAUUCCACUUCUGUGAUUCUAACACCAUGGGGAUCUACUGUACAUAACUCAUCAAUAUAGAUAUAUCCUGUAUAGAUACUGUAUGUAUGUAUGUUUGUAUAGGAGUUAUUGUAUGCUGUCAGUUUGACCAAAACCUGGGUGUAACACCGCAUGACAUCAAUGUUGUAAAAUGAAGACAAGACGCACAGACUGAUGAAGAUGAUGAUGAUGAUGGUUAUUCUUGUCAAUAAAUCACGUUUACAACUGCAGAUGGAAUAAGUACUUUGAUAUGAACCAAAGCCCCUUUAAGAUUGAGGUUUACCACAUUUCCAUUGAUGAUUCUUAAAUGAAAGGCAUGAUUUACAUUUGGCUACUUUUGCUAGACCUACUGCUCUCCACCACCAUCAUCAAAAUAUCAAUGAGGGAAUAUCUUUUUGAUGAAUGGUGUUC